UGCGCUGCAGAUUUGGCGCCACAUUUCUAAGAGGAACGCAGCAUUGAGUCCAGCGAACCAAAACAACUUGUUCAUGACAUUUUAGGGCUUGUUUUACCGAACUUGAAUAUUCUUAAAAGCCUUUUAAAUACAUUUUAGAAAAUGUUCAUCACUGACAUACGCAAGGAAUUUUAUGAAGUUGUUGCUAACCAGAGAGUCGCACUCCUGGUGGCAUCAGACAUCGACGCUCUCUGCGCUUGUAAGAUAUUACAGGCCCUGUUCCACUGCGACCAGAUCCAGUAUACUCUUGUGCCAGUUACUGGCUGGCAGGACCUUGGCACGGCCUUCCUUGAACACAAAGAGCAGUUCCGGUUCUUUGUACUCAUCAACUGUGGUGCAAAUGUUGACCUCCUUGAGAUGCUUCAGCCAGAUGAUGACUCUGUCUUCUUCAUCUGUGACACUCAUCGACCUGUAGAUGUUGUCAAUGUCUACAAUGAUACCCAGAUAAAGCUGCUAAUCAAACAGGAUGAUGACCUGGGUGUGCCUUCAUAUGAUGAUAUUUUUCGAGAUGAGGAGGAGGAGGAAGGCGGCGACUCUGGAAAUGAGAGUGAUGAAGGUUCAGAACCAUCUGGCAAACGAAGGAGAUUUGAUGAAGGGGCAGUUGAGAGGAGAAUUGAGAGACAGCGAGCCAGGAGGGAGUGGGAGGCACGAAGGAGGGAAAUCUUGUUUGACUAUGAGCAGUAUGAAUACCACGGCACAUCUGCUGCAAUGGUGUUUUUUGAGCUUGCAUGGGUGAUGACUAAAGACACCAAGGACAUGCUUUGGUGGGCCAUCAUUGGGCUGACAGACCAGUGGGUUCAUGAUAAAAUCACAAAUAUGAAGUAUGUAACAGACAUAGCCACAAUGCAGCGACACGUUUCUCGGCAUAACCACCGAAAUGAGGAUGAAGAGAACUCCCUCUCCAUAGACUGCAUGAGGAUCUCCUUUGAAUACGACCUGCGUCUCACCCUCUACCAGCACUGGUCUAUGUAUGAGAGCAUCUGUAAUUCAUGCUACACAUCGUGCCACUUUAAGCUUUGGACAUUAAAUGGGCAAAAGAAACUCCAGGAGUUCCUAGCAGACAUGGGGCUACCCCUGAAACAAGUGCGGCAGAAAUUCAACUCGAUGGAUAUGUCGAUCAAAGAGAACCUAAGAGACGUCAUCGAAGAGUCUUCCAAUAAAUACGGUAUGAAGGAUAUCCGUAUCCAGACAUUUGGUGUUCAUUUUGGCUUUAAGAACCGUUUUCUGGCCGGUGACAUGGUCCAUGCUGCUACUGCCUUGCUCGAGAGCACAGAGAAGGAUGAGAGUGAUAGUGACAACUUCAUCAAGGCUCUUGACUCGCUUUCAAGGAGUAACUUAGAGCGUCUACAUUCAGGCAUUGAUCUGGCGAAGAAGAAGCUGAUUGCCAUCCAGCAGACUGUUGCCAGCUGCAUUUGUACUAACCUUAUCCUGUCACAGGGACCCUUUCUUUACUGCUACCUCAUGGAGGGAACUCCUGAUGUGAAGCUCUUUUCUAAGCCGAUGACUUUGACUCUGCUCUGCAAAUACCUUCUCAAAGCAUUUGUCCAGUCGACGAGAAAUAAACGCUGCAAACUACUUCCCCUCAUCAUGGCUGCUCCCAAGGAUAUGGAAAAGGGAACGGUCAUUGUUGUGGGAAUCCCACCGGAGUCAGAGACAUCUGACAAGAAGAAUUUCUUUGGUCGAGCGUUUGAGAAAGCUGCAGAGAGCACGAGCUCCAGAACUCUCCACGACCACUUUGACACUUCAAUAAUCGAACUAAAGAUGGAGGACAGAAGCAAGUUUCUGGAUGCACUUAUCACGCUCUUGUCAUGAGAAGCAUCAUAACUAAGAGGAAAUCUGAGGUGUUGUUUGUAGUCUGAGCAGUGUGAAAGCUGCAUGUAUGAAACAGUAGCGAAAUCAAAUGUUUUAAAGUGUUGAAUCAUUUGCGUGUGUGUAUAUUGUACAGUCUUUUAUUAAUAUACUGGUGUUAUUUUUGUUUUUAAAUUCCAGUCUGUGUAUGUGAGUAGUUUAUAUAACAUUUUAAGUUUAAUAAAUCUCAUUGAAUGCA